AUGAAUUUCGAUGCAGCUCGAGACCUUCUACUCGCUUCAUUCUGGCCCAUUCUACACUCCGACCUUGCUCGGCCAAUUGCGAUUCUGCCUCUCGUUCAGGCUUUGCGGAUCCUUUCGAAGUCGCCUGCGUCGCUGAAUCGAGUGGCGCUGGCUGACUGUCCACGACUGACCCAGACCAAGCCUCGCAUCGCGCGCCUCAAGCUGCUCGAUGACUCAUGCUGCAGCAGAGUUGCGUUGCCCUUUCCGUGGCAAGCGAUCGAUAGGCCCUUUUCUAAGCCAGUCUCUUAUUGCCGGUUUUAUUCAAAUUCUUCUCGAUCGAUCGAGUGA